AUGUCAACAUCUGACGCCACUCCCAACCCUGGAAAUGGUCCACAGCUUCGACUCGUUCUCCACCGACAAGCAGAAUUUGAAUCUGACGCGGACUCGGACUCGGACUCGGUCUCUCAACCAGAACGGGAGACGUAUCCAACAUUUUCAGAACUCCGCAGCCGCAGUAUCAAGCCUCAUCCUACUCUCGCCGCCGUCCGUAUCGUUUGGUCUUUUGAUGGUGGUUCCCUAGAGACAUCUCUUUCCGUCAUGGCCGCUGCCUACAACAUUGACGUCCUGGAACCGUAUUUCCAGCAUUCGAUGGGCGGAGGUUCUAAUACACCGUGGCACGUCGUCUCAAAGUCGCCAGCGACAUACCCGCCUGUGUCAGAAAUCACAGUAAAUGUCGCUGACUUGAACAUUUGGGAGUCGGACUGGUUAGAAUUUCACGAAAAUCAUUCCGAUGCCGACUCAUACACGGAGAGCGACAUUCUCAAGUAUGGCACUUUGCCUGACUAUGAUCCGGAGAAUGAUAGAGAACCACCGCAUUUGCUAAAGUGCUGCGGCACCGACCGACCAAGGGGCAAGAGGCGAGGCUUGCUGGUAACGGCAUCUCCGUCUGGCCCAGGCUUUGUCACUGUUCAUGAAUAUGUCACCACCGUGCAUCCUUGGUUGAUGCGGAAUCGUGGGGAUAUCUUGAAUGCCAUGAACUGCUGGGAGCAAAUGCCUGAUCUAGAGGAUAAGGAUCUCGUGGUAGAUCUCGUACAGCCAAAGUCCUUGACGAUCAUGGAGAAGUCUGACUGGGCUAUGAGCCUGAGCACGCGACGCUCGAGUUGGAUGAAAGUUCACGAACGUGAGACUAGUGAUAUAUCAUACCCUGUAUGA